AUGCUACUCUCCAGGGCCGAGGCGGCGAUGACUGCGGCCGACAGGGCUAUCCAGCGCUUCCUGCGUACCGGGGCGGCGGUCAGGUAUAAAGUCAUGAAAAACUGGGGAGUUAUCGGUGGUAUUGCCGCCGCACUUGCAGCAGGAAUAUAUGUCAUCUGGGGACCCAUCACUGAGAGAAAAAAGCGGAGAAAAGGGCUCGUUCCUGGCCUUGUCAAUUUAGGGAACACCUGCUUUAUGAACUCCCUGCUGCAGGGCCUGUCAGCCUGCCCUGCUUUCAUCAAGUGGCUGGAAGAGUUUACCACCCAGUACACCCGGGGUCAGAAGGAGCCCCACACACACCAAUAUUUAUCCUUAACGCUGCUGCACCUCCUCAAAGCUCUAUCCUGCCAGGAAGUCACGGAGGAUGAGGUCUUAGAUGCAGGCUGCUUGCUGGACGUGUUACGGAUGUACAGGUGGCAGAUCUCUUCAUUCGAAGAGCAGGAUGCUCACGAGCUCUUCCACGUCAUCACCUCGUCGUUGGAGGAUGAGCGUGACCGGCAGCCCCGGGUCACACAUCUGUUUGAUGUGCACUCCUUGGAGCAGCAGUCAGAAGUCACCCCCAAACAGAUAGCCUGCCGCACCAGAGGAUCCCCUCACCCUACGUCCACUCACUGGAAGUCUCAGCACCCUUUCCAUGGAAGACUGACCAGUAACAUGGUCUGCAAACACUGUGAACACCAGAGUCCUGUUCGCUUUGACACCUUUGAUAGCCUUUCACUAAGUAUCCCUGCUGCCAUGUGGGGCCACCCACUGACCCUGGACCACUGCCUGCACCACUUCAUCUCAUCGGAAUCCGUGCGGGAUGUCGUAUGUGACAACUGCACAAAGAUAGAAGCCCAGGCGACGCUGACCGGGGGGAAGGUGGAGCACCAGAGGACUACAUUCGUCAAGCAGUUAAAGCUCGGGAAGCUCCCACAGUGCCUCUGCAUCCACCUGCAGCGCCUCAGCUGGUCCAGCCAGGGCACGCCUCUGAAGCGGCACGAGCACGUGCAGUUCAGCGAGUUCCUGACGAUGGACAUCUACAAGUACCGCCUGCUGGGCCACAGGCGAGGCCAGCCCCAGCCCACGCUGACCAACAGUGCCGGAGCCGGGCCGCCAGUCCCCAAGCCAGUUCUGAAUCAGCCAGGGGCCCCCAAAGCACAGAUUUUUAUGAAUGGCGCCUGCUCCCCCUCUUUACUGCCCUCCCUGCCAGCCCCGGUGCCCUUCCCACUCCCGGCUCUGCCCGACUACAGCUCCUCCACAUACCUCUUCCGGCUGAUGGCAGUCGUCGUCCACCACGGAGACAUGCAUUCUGGACAUUUUGUGACCUACCGCCGGUCCCCACCAUCGCCCAAGAACCCGCUCUCAACCAGCAACCAGUGGCUGUGGGUUUCCGACGACAGCGUGCGCAAGGCCAGCCUGCAGGAGGUGCUGUCCUCCAGCGCGUACCUGCUCUUCUAUGAGCGGGUCCUCUCCAGGACACAGCCCGAGGGCCAGGAGUACAGGUCCGAGGAGUGA